AUGGGCGAAGCUAUUCCUCCCGCCGCCACCACCGCCGCCACUACCACCACCACCACACCACCACCGCAACAAAUAACCGCUCCCAUAAAACACACCAAAAAACUAACCCUAGUCCCUCUAAUAUUCCUCAUCUACUUCGAAGUAGCCGGCGGCCCAUACGGCGAAGAACCCGCCGUCCAAGCCGCCGGCCCACUCUUCGCCCUCCUCGGCUUCCUUAUCUUCCCUUUCAUCUGGAGCAUUCCAGAGGCUCUAAUAACCGCCGAAUUAACCACGGCUUAUCCAGGAAACGGCGGUUUCGUAGUAUGGGCCGAAAAAGCUUUCGGGCCAUUAGCAGGGUCCCUAAUGGGAACCUGGAAGUUUCUCAGCGGUGUCAUCAACAUAGCAGCUUUUCCUAUCCUCUGCAUCGAUUACAUGGAAAAACUGUUCCCAGUUUUCGGAUCCGGAGUUGUUUCAUUAGCACCUUUUAUCUUAAUGUCAGUAAUCGCUAUUCCUCAGCUUAAGCCUCAUAAAUGGAUCAGUUUGGGCCAAAAGGGUGUUAAGAAAGAUUGGAAUCUUUUCUUCAACACACUUUUUUGGAACUUGAAUUUCUGGGAUAAUGUUAGUACUUUAGCAGGUGAAGUUGAAGAGCCCAAGAAGACGUUUCCUCGGGCUCUUCUUAUUUCUGUUGUUUUCACUUGUGUUUCGUAUUUGAUUCCGCUUUUUGCUGUAACCGGAGCGGUUACCGUGGAUCAAAGUCAAUGGGAGAACGGGUUUCAUGCUCAAGCUGCUGAGAUAAUUGCUGGAAAAUGGUUGAAAAUCUGGAUUGAAAUUGGCGCUGUUUUAUCCGCGAUCGGGCUAUUCGAAGCUCAGUUAAGUAGUAGUGCUUAUCAGGUUUCUGGUAUGGCAGAAAUUGGGAUAUUACCUAAGUUUUGCGGAGUUAGGUCCAAAUGGUUCAACACUCCUUGGUUGGGAAUAUUGGUGUCAACUAUGAUAACAAUUGCGGUUUCAUAUAUGAAUUUCACUGAUAUUGUAUCAUCUGCUAAUUUUUUGUAUAGUUUGGGUAUGAUAUUGGAGUUUGCUUCCUUUCUUUGGUUGAGAUGGAAGAAGCCGUUGAUAGAUCGACCUUAUAAGGUUCCAAUCAAUAUGCCAAUGUUGGUGCUCAUGUGUUUGGUGCCUUCUUGUUUUCUUGUUUUCAUUAUGGUUAUUGCUACUAAGAUUGUGUUUUUGGUUAGUGGUUUGAUGACUCUAGGUGGGAUUGUUUUUUUCUUGUUUGUAAGAUUGUGUAAGAGGAAGAAUUGGGUUAAGUUUGAGAGUAAAAAGGAGGAUGAUGAAGAUAGGUAUGAUGGAGUGGCUAACUUAUGA